AUGGAGAAAAGAUCGUCAACGAAGAAGUUGAUGGUCAAGAAGAAAACAAAUCUAACGAUCAAACAGAAGAAAAGAAUGGUGUCAAAGAAAAUUCUGAGGAAAGAAGAAUUGAAAAAGAAAAAAAAAGUAUCCGAAAAUGAUGCAAAUGAAAACAAGGAAGAUAAGAAAGAAACUGAAAACAAAUCAGACAAAGAAGUCGCAGAAAACAAUAAUGAAGUAGGAAAAGUUGGAGAUGAAUCUCAAAACAAGGAAGAAGAUAACAAGGAAUCAAAGAAUGAAAACAAAGAGCAUUCUGAUGAGGAAAAUAAAUUAGAUCAUGAGAAAGGUAAUGAAUCAGAAAAGAAGGAUGAAAAUGCUACAGAGAAAGAAAAUGAAGAAAAGAUUUUCAGCGAAGAAGCAAUUGAAAAUCAAGGAGAAAAGAAGAAUGAACAAACAGAAGAAAAGACUUCUGAUAGAGAAAAUGGACCUGAAGACAAAGAAGAUGAAUAUAAAGAUGCAACAAUUUCUGAAGAAGGAAAAGCUGAGAAAGAAAACGAAAACAAAUUAGAUGAAGAAAAGAUCGUCAACGAAGAAGCCGUUGACAAUCAAAAAGAAAAGAACAACGAUGCCGAAAACAAGGAAGAAAAUAAUUCUGAUAAAGUUGCUGAAGAAAAUAAUCUUGAAGAAGGAAAAAUUGAAGGUGAAACUGAAAAGAAGAAUGAUGACGAAAACAAGGAAGAAAAUACAGAUAAGAAGAAUGAUGAAGAAGGAAAAAUUGAAGAUGAAACUGAAAAGAAAGGGAAUAAAGAUGAAGAGAAAUCGGAAGAAAAGAAUGACGAUGGAAAAGAAUCCGAAAGUAAAGAAGAAAAGAAAGAUGAGACUAAUGAAAAGAAGUUAGACUCAAAGAGGCCAAAGCCAUCUUUAUUCUUACCAUUUGUUUUACUUGCUAUAAUAGUAGCUGUUAUAGUAAUAGUUAUCAUGAAAGCUUAA